AUGUUCCGAAAUUUAAUAGGUCCCAGGGCGGUCAUCAGGCCAACUCUUACCCUUCCUACCGUAGUCGCCCCCUCCGCCAUUGCAAGAUGGUCGAAACGAGGCUAUGCCUCUGAAGCUGAGGAAAAGGAUUUGGUCAUUAUUGGAGGUGGGGUUGCAGGCUAUGUAGCUGCCAUAAAAGCCGGCCAAGAGGGUUUGAAGGUUGCGUGCAUUGAAAAGCGUGGUACACUCGGCGGAACUUGUUUGAAUGUCGGCUGCAUACCUUCGAAAGCUCUCCUGAACAACUCGCAUCUCUACCACCAGAUCCUCCAUGAUACAAAAAAUCGCGGUAUCGACGUCGGCGAUGUCAAGCUCAACUUGGGACAGAUGAUGAAGGCAAAAGACACCGCGGUUUCUGGUUUGACGAAAGGUAUCGAGUUCUUGUUCAAGAAGAACAAUGUCGAGUACAUUAAGGGUACCGGAGCUUUUACUGGUGAGCACGAAAUCAAGGUCAACCUUUCGGAAGGAGGAGAGCAGACUGUUACCGCCAAGAACAUUAUCAUUGCCACUGGAAGUGAAGCUACACCGUUCCCUGGACUUGAGAUCGACGAGAAGAGAAUCAUCACCAGCACAGGAGCAAUCGCGUUGGACAAGGUUCCAGAAUCUAUGGUGGUCAUUGGCGGUGGUAUAAUUGGUCUCGAGAUGGGCUCCGUAUGGUCAAGAUUGGGUGCCAAGGUCACAGUCGUUGAAUUUUUGGGGCAAAUCGGUGGACCGGGAAUGGAUGCCGAAAUUUCGAAGGCUGCCCAGAAGACCCUGAAGAAGCAAGGCAUCGAGUUCAAGCUCAACACCAAGGUCUUGGGAGGUGACACCAGCGGCGAGAAAAUCAAACUUGAUGUGGAAGCCGCGAAGGGUGGCAAGCAGGAGACGCUCGAUGCCGACGUCGUACUCGUCGCCAUCGGUCGACGACCAUAUACUGCUGGCCUAGGAUUAGAAAACAUUGGUCUGGAGACUGACGACAAGGGAAGACUAGUUAUUGACUCUGAAUACCGGACGAAAAUCCCUCACAUUCGCGUCAUUGGCGACUGUACAUUCGGUCCCAUGCUCGCCCACAAGGCCGAGGAGGAAGGUGUUGCCGCUAUUGAGUAUAUCAAGAAGGGUUAUGGCCACGUCAACUAUGGGGCAAUCCCUUCCGUCAUGUACACACAUCCGGAGGUCGCGUGGGUCGGCCAGAACGAGCAGGAAGUCAAGGCUUCUGGUGUAAAGUACAAAGUCGGCACAUUCCCGUUCUCGGCAAACUCAAGAGCGAAGACGAACUUAGACUCAGAGGGUCUCGUAAAGAUAAUUGCGGAUGCUGAGACGGAUAGAAUCCUCGGCGUUCAUAUCAUUGGACCGAGUGCCGGGGAGCUGAUCGCGGAGGGAACGCUUGCAAUCGAAUACGGGGCAUCGAGUGAGGAUAUUGGUCGUACAAGUCACGCGCAUCCAACUCUUUCGGAAGCGUUCAAGGAGGCUGCGAUGGCAACGUAUGGCAAGGCAAUCCAUUUCUAA